AUGAAACAUAUUGAAUGUCCUAUAAAAUUAGCUUCUACAUCAGUAGUGUUUCCAAAUGCAAAAUUCUUCAAUACUAAUAAAGCUAGAAAUCAAAUUCUAUAUAGAAUCUACGGCCAUUUUUUAUAUGGAUUCACAUAGCAGAGUCCGAAAGAUUACUACUCUAAAUAUCGGAUAUAAGUAGAAGGUAAAUUCUGAUCCCUAUGAAUUGAGGAAGACUUUUAGAGAGAAUUUAGGAAUGGGCUGAAUAUAUGAGAUAUCAAAACCUUCCAAAAGUCAUCUUUAAUAAAGUUGAUGAAAAUGAUAAUCCAAUCAUAUAAUACUUUUUUCCAGAUGAUGAUAAUAUUGGAUGGAUAUAUAAUGAUUAAAACAUCUAUUUGAAUAUCCUUAGUACUUAAUUUAUAUCUGGUGUGUGUAUUGAUCGCUCAAAGAAUCUUGAAAAGAAAGAUUACUCCUUAAUCUAAGAAAAAACAAAUUUCACUUAUAAGUUUUCAGUAAAUUCAUAAUUUCAUAAAAGGCUAAACAUAUUCCUUAAGCUCCACCAAGUCAAACAUUUUUAUAACAUCAAAUUGAAUUCAUCUCAAAUAGAUUUCCAUAAACUGAAGGUAAAAUUGAAGAAGGAUAUCGUCGACAUAUAUUAUAAAUUGAAACUGUAGCUGGACGUAAAUGGUUUGAAAAAAUUGGAGAUUAUCAUAUUACAGAUGUAGAUAAUUGUUUAGAAGGAAAUCCACAUUUAAUUUAAUGAAUUAUUAUAAAAAUGACAAUAGACAUUAAUCCCAAUCUUCCUUAUGGA